AUGGGCCGCCACACGCUGCUUCUCGCACCCGAUUCCUCCCUUCUUCUCGCUGCCGAGAGACGCCUUCCGGAGCGUUGCACUGCGGGGGCGACUCAGCUGGUCUCCUCUCGUUCGUUCCUGCCUUCUUCUGCUCCGCAUAGAGCGCGAGGAAGGACGGAGCUUCGCUUCGAAGCAAGCCAUUCAACGCCUCUCUCCUAUUAUCCCUCGCCUGGUUCGACAGCAUGCGACAAACCGAGGCGUCUUUCCUCGUCUCCUCUUCGGAGACAGACGGGAAGGAGAGAGCGAAGAAAGGCAAAAGCGGCAAGCUACGCAAAGACAGCAGGUCUUGACAUCGAGCAGAGUCGACAGAGAGCAACUGUCUCAGGAAGAGAGCAAACAACGCGGGGAGGGCAACGUCUGCCGGAGGCCUAUGUUUCAUUCUCGACCUUUCCUUCGUCUCCUUCUCAUCGUCCUUCCUCGACGUCUCCUUCUUCUUUCAACUUCUCGUUUUCUCCCUCUGCCCCUCCCUUGGCCGUUCGUUCCGUCGUUCGCGGCACUCUCUGCUUCCCUCAUUGCCUGUCUCUGCUUCCUUCGUCUUUCUUCUGCUCCUCGUCCUGUUCUUCUCUUCGUUUUUGCUCCACGCGAGGAAAAAGAAGCGAAGCGAAGGGUGCAGAUGCGGCGACCGUCGUGACUCCCUCUGUCGCAUGCGAAAGCCUGGAAGAGAACGCAAAAGCGGAGACUGGCGGACCACUGCAGGACCAUCAACCUGUUUCUGAGAGAAUCGAGAGAGCAGAAGAAAACCGGGGAGGGAAACCGCGUCUGCGCGCUUUUGCCUUCAAUGCUGCCUCCUCGACGAUUGCUCGGCUUAUCUCGAGGAGAAGAAUACGGAGCAGUUCCCAAGCAACCAAGAGUAAAACUCGUCUUCUAGUCUUGAUACCUGCUUCCUUCUCCCCAAGUCCAUCUUCUCCCGGUCUUUCUUCCUCUUUAUCUUCCUCUCCUCCUUCCCAUCUUUCUUCUUCCUCAUGCCUCGUUUCACCCGUUUCCUCUUCUCCGUCUUUCUCUCCUGCGUCGUCCUCUCGACGCUGGCCGGGGGAGCGAAGUUCUUUCGACGCAGCAGUGGCUGAGGCGAACGCGCUGCUGCGGCGCUGGCCGUCGCUGUCUCCGUUCGUCUCUCCUCUCCGUGAGGAGACAGCAGCGGGCAAGAGAGAGCCUGGGAGUCUGGAGAGAGGGAACAAGCUCGGAGACACAGCACCGACAGAAAAGAGAGAAGCUGAAGAUUGCAGUGGCGAGGAAAGGACUGAGGGAGACGCAGCAUGGAUCGCGGAGGCACAGGAGGCCGUAAAGACCGUGGAGAGAGUUCGACGAGUUCUCUGCAUGGCGGACCCAGAGAGGAGCGGGCGGUGCGACUGGAGCGGUCAAGGAAAUUUCCCUUUUAUCCGGAACGAACAAGAACUUCGAAUGUUCUCCAGUGUCUGGUCUCGUCAUGUUGAGAAACUUCUUCUUUCGUUUCUCAGAGAGGCCUUUGAAAUCCAACAUGCGUUGCCCCCCUUCCUGACGCCUGCUGUCUCUUCUUCAUCUACUCUUCCUUCUCCCUCUUUUUCUUCUUCUCCCUCUUUUUCUUCUCCUUCUUCCUCUUCGUUCUCUUCUUUCUCUUCUUCCGCUUCUUCGGCCUGGCACCCGGAGUCUUCAGAACCUGUUCAGACACAAGAAGAGGGGUCAGGGCGUCUCGGCGGUUUUCUCGAGAGUCUUCCUGGAGACGCGAAGCGCGCGAGAUGCGUGGAGAGAGAGCUGCGCGCGUUGAGUCCCGAGGAAGAAGAAACAUUGAAUUCAGAUUUCUGGGAAGGACCGUUUGACGAGCACGCUGUUGUGGUCUCUCCGAUGGCCGCGCUGUCUCUGGAGGAGAUCGCAGAAGUAGCUCUGCAUGCAAAGAACAAACCUGAGUUUCGACGCCGCCCGGCUUUCUGGCUGUCUCUCACCUCCUGCGCCCUCGCGUACCUUCCGCAGGAGCAGACGCUCGGGAUGACGCCUCAGAAAGCAGCGGUGGGGAGGCGAAAUGAAGCGAGGACGAGGCGCAGCGGAGACGAGAGAGAACACUGGCUGAAGGAAGGAGAAGAAGGAGAUGAUGCAGGGGACGAAAGACUGCCGAGGAAAGGAAGAACGGGAGGUGAGACCAGACCGGAAGAGCAAGCAGUGGGGAGAGCAGGAGACGAAGACCAGGGACUGCUGAAAACGCCGAGACAAAGAGGCAGGCGAGAAGAGCGAACUCCAGAGAAGAUGGAAGUGAGCCGCGGAGAGGGUCCGCAGGCAUUGAGUUGGAGGUGGAAAGACAGCGAACGCGAAACAAACGACGAAGCAACGAGUGAAGGAGCACGACGGAGAGCUUCGAAGGCGCAUGCGCGACCGUGGAUCGACAUUCUUCUCGCUCUUGCGGCGACGCAGCAACUGAAAGACGCCCGCACAGCUUCUCAGCUGCUCUCCCAUAUUCGUCGAUACACGUUUCUCGCCUCUCUGGAUGAUCUUCUGCAUGCGUCGCACCUGCUCGCGGUGCUCCACGGAGUCCACUGGGGGGAGGCUCGAAAAGUCGAAGGAGCGGUGGAGUUCGCGGAGAACAGAGACAUCAGCAGAGCUUCGCCGGCGCUGGAGAAGAAGAAAGAGCAACGAAGAGGAGAGGCACACAGAGCCAAGAAGGACAGGGAGGAAGAGGAAACCACAAGGGGGAAACCGAAGAAGGAGAGAAGUUCUUGCGCUUCAGCAGUCAACGAGGAACCAGGGACGUCUCUCCUGUUGUCACAGUCCUUACCUUCACCUUUGUGUCCUCUUCAGAGUACCUCUUCGACUCCAUCUGUUGCUUCUCCUCCCUCUGCAUCUUCCUCUGCAACGGUUUCUUCUUCUUCUCGGCGGGUGCCGCCUUUCUGCAUCGAGGAGAGCGAGCAAACAGGCGAGGAAGCGCUGGCCUCUGAGGUCCAUUCCAUGCUGAGUUUUCUGCGGCGAAAGAGCCUCCUCCGGCGCAAGGAAAUGCCUCUAUGUGUGAUAGCAGCGGUGCUGCAUGCUCACGCGCUCUGGCAAGCCGCGGCUGUGGAGGCCUGGCGGAGACAGAACGACAAAGCGUCUCUCGCAGAGCCUCCCGCAUUCUCUCGAGUCGAAGAAUACGACGCGGUUGCAGAACGGCGAAUGCCGAAGGCGGCAAGAGACCCAGGACGAAACAGACAGCAUGCAGAAGAGGAGGAGAACGAAGCGGAGGAAGCAGAGACAGGCAGACGGCAAAUCGUCUCCUCGCGCAAAACUGACUCGCAGGACUUGUGGGGAGGAGAGCUGCGCCAACCGGAAAAAGGAGAACGCCAAAACGAAGAGCAAGACGAGGAAGAGCAAGAAAAGGAAGAGAAAGAAAAGGGAGAGAAAGAAAAGAAAGAGAAAGAAAAGGGAGAGAAAGAAAAGAAAGAGCAAGAAAAGGGAGAGAAAGAAGAAGGUGUGUGCGCGUGUGGUGAAGAGACAAAGAUGAGUUUGCGUUCUGGAACACAGACAGGACCUUUCCUGGAGUCCUGCAUGUAUCGAAGCAUUCCUUGCCUCUCUCUCGUCUCGUCGACGCCCAGUUUCUUCGGCCUCCUGGGACGUAGGGCGGCGACUCAGAUCUCUCUGGAGCGACUUCCUUCGGGGAACAGCGACAGCCAUCGAGAGGAGACAGAGAGACCAAAACGACGCAGACGCAAGGGGGACCUGAGAUACAUUGCUCUCCUUUUCGCGGCGUUUGCAAAGACGCGCUUGGAACUGCCGUCGAGUCUCCUGCGAGCUCUGGAAGCCCGGUGGGGGGUCGAGGAGAAGAGAGAGAGCGACUGCGAUAGGCGAGGAAACAAAGCAGAGGAAGCGAAGAUUCAAAAGCCUGCAGAGAGAGGGCAGAGAAGGACACAGAUGGAAGAAGAGAUCGUAGAAGAGGAAGACGAGCUUCUCAGGCGAAGAGGAAAAGAGCUCUUCUGCAGAGACGCAGCCACUGAGGAACUGCAAGAGGAGGCUCCACAGAGCAUCGUUCUCCUUCUCUCUGCGCUGAGUCGAAGCGAAGAAGGCAGACGAAGCGCGGCGUUUGCAGUGUUGGCGGGAGCGCUGACGAAGCGCGCACACCAGCUGGCGGGCCAGCAGCUCGCCAUGGGGCUGCAUGCCCUCUCUCUGGGGCACCCGUCCGUCGUGAAAAGGAACUCGCCAAGGCUGCUUUUCAGGUUCCUCUUCGACCAUGGACGACUUCACAAACUCUCCGGUUCGCACCUGCGUCUUGUUCUCGCUGCCCUGUCUCGAUCGCCGCCCCCUCGAGGAGGCCUCUCUCCCUCCACCGUCGACGCCUGCGCUCGCUUUGUCGACGCAUGCAGGGCUCCCCAUAAAAUGCCGCUCGACUGCCUCACUGAGUUGCUGCGUCUCCACAGCGUCUGCCGCGUUUUCGACUCUCAGUUCCUCAUGACUGCUUGGAAAGUUCUCCAGCGAAGAUCCACAGAACUCACCAGAUUGUCACAUGUGACUCGCAGCCUCCAAUCCUUGGCUGUCCUUCCGACAGAUUUGCUCUUGAAGGACGUUUCGUGGGUACGCCUCUCCGGCGCCGAGUGCAUGUCACAGCCUGAUCCCGCGACAAGACAUUCGACCUCUCCUCUCGCCUCUUCCUCUUCUUCCUCGUCUUCUUUCUCAUCUUCUUCCUCGUCUUCUUCCUCUUCUUCCUCAUCUUCCUCCUCAUCUUCUUCCUCUUCUAGCUCUGUGUCUUUCUCUGCUGCGACUCCGUUUCUUUCUCGACCUCUUCAAAAAGAAUCGCAUGCAGCGCUUAUCGCAUUCGUGGAAGCUCGCAGUCAGACUUUGUUGACGUUGGAGCGGCAAGCAGCGAAGGCGAUUUCGGGACUUCUCGCGCUUUCGCUCUCUUCUCGCGCCAACAGCAGUGCCGACUCCACUUUUUGCCUGCGCAUGCGCGGCCCUGCGGAACACCCUCUCGAGUUUCUCCCUGCGGUUGCGUCCUCGUCUUCGCUCUCGUCGUCUUCGCUCUCGUCUUCUCUGUCGUCUUCUCCCUUCUGCGCUUCCUCUUCCUCGACUUCUUCCCUGUUGGGCUUGCGCGACCGUUCUCCCUCCCGCACGGUGGCUGCAUGCGCGCAAUGUUCACUGGCAAAGGCGGACGAUGCGCGACUACGCCUCCCCUGGGGACAUACCCCGAGAGAACUCACCGAUCUGCUGCAUGCGCUCGCGCAGUUGAUUCCGCCUGGCACAGAGGCGCGGGAGGAAGGCGACCCUUCGUCCUUUCUCCUCGCCUUCGCCUCUCCAAAUCCCCCACAGGCGAAGGACUUCAUCUCCUUCACUCCUCCGCGGCUUCAACCUGCGUUGCUUCACACGCUGCUUCGCCUUGUGCAACAGCCUGAGUCUCUUGCCUUCUUCGCCUUUGACCCGACCAGCCUCGAGCGCCUCUUUGCGGUUUCCAUUCAUCUUUUUUCUCGCCUGGUGUCACAGAGAACAACUGCUGAAACGCGGCAAACCGGCUCGGCCUCCAUCCAGUCUUCUUCCCCGACAUCGUCCUCCCCUUUUUCUUCUUCUUCUUCUUCUUUUUCUUCUUCUUCUUUUUCUUCUUCUUCUUCUUUUUCUUCUUCUUCUUCUCAUUUCUCUGCUCCUUCCUGGUCGCACGUCUCCUCUCCCUGGGCGUCCUCCCGCCCUGAGCUGUUACCUCUCGAGAAAACGAUAGGCCUCCUGCACUCUUACCUUGCGUCAGCUGCUCCCCGACAUCUGUGUCCACUCGUCUCUCCUUCACAUUCGUCCAUGUCGCUCUUCCGCCUCUUCCCUCUCUUGCUAAGGGAGGAUUCUGCUUCUGCUCCCGCGACCGCGGCGCCGUCGCCUUUUGCGGAAGCCGCAGCGACGCAGAAAAAGCUGAACAAGGAGCAGGAAGAGAGACAAGGAGGUCGAGGAGAGACAUAUCUAGCUGAGAGAGCGGCGAAAGAACGCAGAGCCUUCGCAGCGCCCAGAGAGCGGGGCGGCGAUAUCAAGGAAGCCAUCAACGAAGCUCGGACUGUCUUCCGAUUAGGAUGCAACGCACCCUUCCUGUUUCGUCUGCCCUCUUCUUCACCUCUUUCGUCUUCGGCGUACGUCCGCGUUUCCUCUUCUUCAUCGCCUUCGACGUCUCCGUCCCCCGCGCCAGUCGCGUCUGCGUCGUCUCUCUCAACUCAGAUUGCCUCUGUUCUGGGGCAGUGCGAAAAGCAUGUUCUCUCGGUCGCCUAUUCACACGCUCUGCCCGGUCUUCUAGAAGCUCUAGCGUUUCAACCGAGCGAAGAAGAACAAGACGACAGAGAAAAAAGGGAACAGGGAGAAAGCGAAUCGCUGAGGCGGACGCAGCGUCUCGGAAGAUGCAGGCGACACCGAGGCGAUGAUCGACUUGCCGACUUCCAGAAAAGACGAAAACAAGGAGGAAAAAAGGAAAUCUUCCCUCGAGAGAAACCGCGUCUUUCUUGCACCAACGAGCCUCUCGCCUUCUCCACCCUUCUCGAUCUUCUUGUGGGCGUCUUGACUUUGUCGCUUCGGCGCCUUCUCUCUGCGUCUCUCCCUCCUUCGAGUCCAGACGCCACAGAGCAAGAUACCGGGAAGGACGAAGCAGAGAAGAAGGCGAUGCAAGGAGAGGGGCGUCCGGUGAAAGCGGAGGGGGGACAGAGGACGGGCAUAGAAAGCGAACGGAGAGCAGGUAAAACGCACCACAGAAGCAGAGUGGCGGAGAGCGAAGAUGCGGGAGAGAGAAAAGAAGAAGAGCUGCAACGCGAGAUUCUCGUACGCCUUCUGCGCGCCUUGGAGAAGAGCCGACUGAGUGCCGGCGACGAAGAGCGAGCGCCUGCUCUGAUCUCUCUGCUUUCCCUCGCUCUCAAUGGGCUCCAGUGCCUGCAGCCUGAACUCUGGGAUCGUUUCUCUUCUGCUCUCACUCGUCACCUGCGACAUCUGCAGUCUAAGCGAGACGAAGAAAGGCCUUCGCUGAGACCUUGUGGAGACUCUUUGAGCAUGCCUUUCUCGCCAGCUGUCCUGCCUCGGCUUCUCGCGCCUUCUGGUAACCACGCUGGUUUCCCUUUGCUUUCUGAGGAACGCGAGAGAGAGACCUCCGCUCUCCGUUCUUCAGAUGACCGUGACGUCCUGGACAGACGCGCAAAAGAAGGACCGCUUCCUCGCGGAGCGACCAGCGAGCACCGAGGAACAGGCCGACUGGUUCGUACGUUAGAAAAAGAGUCUCUCCGUUCGCAGCGGGAGCCUCUUUCCCCAGAUGUCAUCCAGGUUCCAUCAGACCACAAGCAUCUUUGUUUAGAGAGCAGUUCCCUUCCUGCAGAGAACGAAGGUUGCUUUCCGUCUGCCUCGAGCGGGGGCGCUCCCCCCUCCUUGUCUCCCGCGUCUCCUUAUCCGAAGCACGGAGGCAGCGAGGAGACACGACUGCGGUUGUCCACAGCGGAGAUGAAGACAAAGAGAGCCGAGCGAGAAGAAACGCAGCCGACGCAAGUGCAGACAAUCGCGAGCGAGAAACGGCAGCAGCAGGAGGAGAGAAGGAGGAGAAAGGAGGCGGCACGAUGGUUGUUGCCGUCUGCAGUCCAGACUGGAAGUUCCGGUCGAGGGUCAAAGUCAGGCGUUUCGCGUUUUUCGGGAUCUCUGGAAACUCGAGACGGAGCGCCGGAUUGGUCUCUUCGCUCAUCAGGCCGUGUCUCGUGGAGCCUUUGCUGGUGUCACCGGCGCAGUGUGGAGGCGUCGCAUGCAGCUGCGGCAUUUCUUUUUCAAGUUUUCUGCCGAGUUUCGGAGGGCGCGACAAGGCUGGGCACCGUGUCUGAGGAGCCUGGCGACCCGCGAGAGAGCGACGGUCCCUGUGCCUCUCUGCCGCCGGCGAAUCCCAGAGACGGCUGCAGGAAGGAAGUUCCUCACUGCGCGUCUCCGCGUUCUCGCGAAGGCGUUUCGAGGGACGUGCAAGUCCGCGAAACUCAGCAGACUCAGACAGCCGCUGCGUCUCGUCCUCGCUUGCAGCCUGCGCUGCGUGGAACCGCAGUGGCUCUUGACUCGCUGGUUGCCCUCAGCUGGCGCCUCGUCUCCGUCGGAGGUCGAAGCAUUUUCCGUGUAGACUUAGCGCGGCAGGAGAAGAGUGAAGCGAAGCAGCCGAAGACGGCGACAUGCGGAGACCGCAGGCCGAAUCGCAUGCGCAUCUACUUUUUCUUGCUGGCGCCGGACGAUGUUUUCUUGUUGCCUGUCUUUCGGCGACUUGGUCCUUCUCUCGGCUCUUCCUCGUUGUCACCUCUUUCCCUCUCGCCAGUCCGCGAGCACACGAAGCUUCCACAACUCUCUUCCUCGUCGAGUGCCUCUCUCGGCUCUGCGUCUUCGACAGCUGAUCCUGAGAAGAUUCAACAGCGGGAGAAAAGGGAGACGGCGAAACGCUCUUCUGCACUCCAGUGUGAAGAGGAGGAAUCGCCAGGCAAAAGUUCUCUAUCAUUUUUGCCGCACAGUUCCGAUGCGACGCUUCUCCACCCGAGAGUGUUUCUUGAACUCUACGUUGCCGACAAGGUCUUGACGCAACGCGCGAAUGCAUGCGUUGUCGAGUCCAGUUCGUCGCUCAGCGAAGAGAGUUUCUCAGACCGCCCUGCCAUCCGACUCGUGCCCCUCCUGACGCAGGACUUACGAGGCCUUUUCGCGAGUGCUCAGGACGAUCGGGAAGCUGUCAGAUAUCUCAUCCAUUCAGUCGUGAAAAGCUGUUUCGCUUGA